UCGUGAAACGCCCUCACUCCAGUGCUCCGUUAGCGUUCAAAAGGCUUCGAGGGAAAAGAGACAUCGGAAUAUGCCAUCUUCCAUUUAAGAAUAGACAUUGUCUUCAAAAUUUUUCAACUCACUUUAAACACUGGCGGGCCCUCAGUAUGCGUGGAAUGAAUACAUUUCCACGCAAAUCAAUACAUCCCACGACUGAGGUCGGGUGUCUUGUCCACAAUAAUCAUCAGCACAAAGGCAUCUGUCCAGCCGAGCCAACGGGUGUUGCCUGAACCUCUACGGUGGGGGCUGACGGUGUCCAGCCUCGUGCGGGAUGCCAAGUGGGAAACCGCCAUCCCUGCCCUCAGGGAGACCUGGGAGAUGAGAGUCACCCAAAUGAGAUGAUUAAGUAACAGGACAUGUCAUCACUGCCCAACUGUGUGCUAAGCAAUCAGGUGCUACAGGAACAGGGCAAAGUGGAGAGCAAACAACUGGAGAGGCAUUGCGGAGAAACUGGGUGUGGCCAAGCCUUGAGAAAUGACAUCGCCUGCAGACAGGCGACAUGAGGGAGGGCGCAGAAGUGCUACCAAGAAGAGAGUCGAACCAGCAUGUGUGUUAUUGGAUUCUGAGGCAGUCACACAAGGAGUGUGAGAGGUGGCUGCCCCAAAUCCCCAAACAAGAGUAUUUCUGAAGUUUCCCAGUAUUCACACUUCCGGUCCUUUAUUUAUUCAGUUUCUUCUGCUGGCAGUUCACAACCCUAGUGACCUCUUGCUCAUAUUUAAAGGUUCAGCUCAAAUGCGGGUGCUUUUAUGAACGCUUCCGUGGUGUCCCUUCACCCAGUGCUCACGCUUCUCUUGGAACCUAUCUAUGCCCUUUGCCUACGCAGCUCCUUCACCACUGCAAUUAAUAGCAAAUUACAUUUAUUAGGCUCUUACUGUGUGCCAGAAACCAUGCUAAACAUUUUAAAUGUGUUCUUUAAGCCUCAUAAUUGCACGAGAUGUUAUUUCUCCUGUUUUAUACAUGAAGAACCUGAGGCUUUAAAAAGGUUAGGUGUCCCAAAAUACCAAACGAGAAAGUAAGAAAGCUGGGCUUCAAACCAUUUGUGGAACUCUGGAGGCCACUCUUAGGACACUGGACCACAAAUGCUCUUUGCUCAUCAGUCUUCUCAGGAUUCCAGGAUGGUGGCUGACAUAUGGCUCAAAAUUGUUGGAUCAAAUCAUUACACCUGUCAUACAUAUGCCUGGGCCUAAACCUAGGUACCCCAGAUAGACGUCCACCAACGUGGAAGUCACAUACCCAGGAGAAAGUGUAAGCUUACUUUGAAUUUGAGCUCCUUUAUUUCAUGGACUCAAGUGUGGUGAGAGGUCCCAUUCUUUGCUCAACAAAAGGACACACAGAUAACACCGGCUGGGUCUAAAGGUGAGAGCUCUGAUUAACACGCGGGGGGGGGUGUGUGUGUGUGUGGAGGGGGCCAGUCUCCUCGUAGGUAUUUUGAAAGCGGCCAUUCAAGCUGUUCUUGUCCAACCAGGAAGGACCAGUGAGAUCACUCCAUCUGACCCUGUUAUGGGACAGACUGAGGCCCAGACAGCAGAAGGGCUCAGCGGGGGCUCCGUGGUGAGCCGCAGCUGGAGCCCCCAAGUCCGAACCCCGCCCGCAGUUUUUCCUCGCCUAUCCAGUCGGGCCUGGGGCUGCAUCCCCAGGCCGACUGCCUCGGGCGGAAAGCUCGGACCACCGGCUUCCUCCGUCGGUCCCUGACGCUCCUCUCCUCCAGCCACUGGCCUGGUGUCUCCCACCUCCUCUAGCCUCAGGGCCCGGGGAAGAUGCUCCCCCUCUCGUCUCUACGGCGUCUGCAACGCCCUCCCGCAUCUCCGCGGCCGCUCCCGCCCCACUUCUCAGUGGUUCUGCUUCUGAGGCUGUUCAGCUUCGCCACUUGCGACCCACCCCCCCCGCCUCGGCGCGACCCCCUCGUCCCUGUGCGGGCAGCACAGGCCACCGCUUCCACGGGAGACGGGACCCACACCCCCGUGACCUUGUCACAGUUCACCUCCCCGCGAGCCCGAGCCACGCCCACACCCCCACUUCCUUUCGCGGGGCUCGGCUCUUCCGGCCGCGCUGCCUUCUAAUUGGCUGGCGGCGAGCUUCCUCGGGGACUCGGCCACUCGGAGGGCGCCACGGAGGCCUCUCUGGCCGCCGUCCCCUGGCUCGGCCUCGCUCUCUCGGCCGCCAGCUCUCUAUGGUACUGGCGACGACAUGUGGCGGCUCCCGGGACUCCUCGGUCGAGCUCUGCCACGUCUACUGGGACCUGGCUUCCGUGGGGUGACCCCCAAGUCCACCAGCCCAGAUGGGGCUCAGGCUACCUCCUCCAACCUGCUGGUCCCUGUGCCCGGCUAUGAUAGGUCCGGCCGCCAUGGCCCAGGCCCAGGCCCAAGCAGGGGCCCGAGGUCCCACGGAUGGAAGGAUGCCUUCUGGUGGAUGUCCGCUCGUGUCUGCCCAAGUGCUUUGUGGGAUGCCCUGUCAUGGGGCACCCUGGCGGUGCUGGCCCUGCAGCUGGCAAGGCAGAUCCACUUCCAGGUGUCCUUGCCAACAGGACCUCGGCGAGCAGAGCACUGCUGUUGGCGCCGCCCCCUGGACCGUCUCCUCUCAUCUCCCCUGUGGCAUCCGCCCUCCUCCCUGCGGAGACACAUCCUGCCCAGCCCUGAUAGCCCGGCUCCUGGGCACCACGGCCACAGGGAGCUCAGGCUGGGCCAGGAAGAGCCCUCCGCUCAGCCCGAGAGCCUCUCUUCGCUCAGCUCCUUGAGAGCAGCUGGUCCCCACGGUCCCUCUGAGGAAGAUCCCAGUGACAUCGGCUUCCUGCCUGCCAGCAGUAGCUUCAAGUCCAAGGCGAGGCCAUCCCAACCUCAGCCCACUGGCGAAAAGCAGGAACAAGCUAAAUCCAGACCGCUUUCCCUGGAGGAGGCCGUGACUUCCAUUCAGCAGCUCCUCCAGCUCAGCGUUUCCAUCGCCUUCAACUUCCUGGGGACAGAGAACAUGAGGGAUGGGGACCACACGGCAGCCUUUUCUUACUUCCAGAAAGCAGCAGACCGCGGCUACAGCAAAGCUCAGUACAACGUGGGCUUGUGUCACGAGCAUGGCAGGGGCACCCCCAGGGACCUCAGCAAGGCAGCCCUCUAUUACCAGCUGGCUGCCGGCCAGGGCCACAGCCUGGCUCAGUACCGCUAUGCCAGGUGGCUGCUGCAAGACCCCGGCUCCUCGUGGGACCCUGAGCGCCAGAGGGCAGUGUCUAUGCUGAAGCGGGCUGCAGACUCCGGCUUGAGGGAGGCCCAAGCUUUCCUCGGGGUGCUUUUCACCAAGGAGCCAUAUCUGGACGAGCAGAGAGCUGUGAAAUACCUUUGGCUUGCCGCCAGCAAUGGGGACUCCCAGAGCCGGUACCACCUGGGGAUUUGCUAUGAGAAGGGCCUUGGUGUGCAGAGGAACCUGGGAGAGGCCGUGAGAUGUUACCAGCAGUCAGCAGCUCUGGGGAACGCACCUGCCCAGGAGAGGCUGCGGGCCCUCUUCUCCUCGGAGGCAGCAGCCUCGAGGCCCAGCGACCUGGCAGUUCGAGGAGUCAAGUCUUUUUCCAGCCCCUCCCUCUGCAGCCUCAACACCCUGCUGGCAGGAGCCUCGUGCCUGCCGCACGCCUCCAGCACAGGCAGCCUCGGCCUCCUCUGCAGAAGUGGGGGUCUCAGAGCCGGCCCCGCGGCCCCCGCCUGGGCUGUCCCCCCACCGCCCUUGGAAAGGAGUCUCGUCAGACUGGGUUUUGGCUAAGGUAAGACAGGACACAGGCCCUGCUCCCUCACUGGUGCCAGCGCAGGGGCCGGGAGGAGGCGGGAUGACAGCAACAGCGGGGCGGCCGCAUCCCUUUGUGCGGUGGCGGUUCCGCGGGAGCUCAGGUUCUCCGUCGAUGUCACAUGCGUGGCCAGUGCAUGACUCUGACCGUUUCCCCAGUGGAGCCUCACCGAUGAGCAGCGGAUGCGUUCACGGUCACGUCGCGUCUCUGCGUAAAAAGGAUUUGUUCAGCGACCCAUGAAAACCUUGACAGAAAGGUCCAGAGACCCUGGUCCUCGCCUUGGCCUUUGUCUGGGAGCAGCUCGCCUCCCUCCGUUUCCUCAGGCUUCAGCCGCAUCGUCUUCUGCCAGCGUCUGAUGGGUGUGCCCCCGUCACUCACAAGAGGACUCUAGGGCCUAGUCAGUAUUGUUUAUUUCAGUCGUUGUAUGUUAACAUAUACGGUAAAAAUGUGACUGCGCCUAUUACAGUUACACAGAUGCUGAAAACAGUGGGUCAGGUUAGUGAAAGGCCUCGUGACGGGUAUAAAGGGGAGCACGGAUCCAGUUGUGAGGCGGCUCCACGAGCGGCCCAGGCGACAUGGACGGGGUGGCUCCGGUUCAUUCCCAGGGGAUUCUCGAUGGCCUCCACUCCCUUCUGACUCGGAGGGAAGGAGCUGGGAGCCUACAGCCCGAUGCACCUGCCUGACGUGUUCAGACCUUCCGCCUGCCCUCUGCCCUCAGCAGGGAGCCUGUGGAGGGACCACAGCUCGAGUCGCAAAGAAGAGGCCAGUUAUCCGCCCACCUUCCCGAAGAAGCUUGCGUACCUUGCCUGGCACAGUAGACGAAGGAACGUACCUUGCGUGAAGAGCAGGUUCUGGUCCUGCCACCUCGAAGCGGGGGCCGGCCUUGCUGCGCUGUUUCCUCCGUGGAGCCCGGGGGCAGGGGUGUCUGCCCCCCUCCCCUCGGGGCUGAUGUGGGGCAUUUCACGGCCAAAGGACCUUGGUGCUCACGGAGGCCUGAGGAGGCAGAGUCAUGGCCCUGGUUGCGUGGCUUUAUGAGUCACCAGGCCGGAACAAGGAGCCCCGCGUCCUGACUCCUGCCCCAGGCUCUUUUGCAGAGUUCUCUCUGUGAUUUUUAAGUGGAAGCGCUAUCAUCAUCCUGCCGGCGUGCCGGGUGAAGAGAGAUUGAGCCCCUGGAGUCUUGGAGCAGGAGCGUGUGUGUUUUGAGAUCCUCAUCUGUGAAAGGUGUGCCAGAAAUGGCUGAGAGUUUAAUAAAACCGAUACCGGCUGGUCUCAUGA